UCUUUCAUGUUUUCUUCAUCUUGAAUUUAACCUAUAUGACGUGGAUGACGAGAAUGAAUCGUACUUAGGAGCUCAGGAGAGGAGCACUCAGGAGCUCACGAGCUCAGGAGGGCACGCGCAGGAAUGCAGCCGAUGAGCAUACUUUACAUGAGGUAGGUUGAGAAAGAAUGGACAUGUUUUCAGGGCAUUCAGAGCCACAGUCAGUAGUGUCACUUUGCUGUAAGGAGGUCAAGACAGAGCCCUAGCACACUUACAUGCUAGACAGAGGUGAGCAGUACACCAAGAUGGGACAGUGGCCUGCUGAUGUGGGCAUAGUUGCCAUGGAACUGAUCUUUCCAUCACAAUAUGUGGAUCAGGCUGAAUUGGAGGCCUAUGACAAGGUGGCAGCAGGGAAGUACACUGUGGGGCUGGGGCAGGCCUGCAUGGGCUUCUGCACGGAUCGUGAGGACAUCAACUCACUCUGUCUCACUGUGGUUUGGAGGCUUAUGGAGAGGAACAGCAUCUCGUACUCCAGCAUCGGGCGCCUUGAGGUGGGGACAGAAACUAUCCUGGAUAAGUCCAAGAGUGUUAAGACUGUGUUGAUGCAACUGUUUGAGGAGAGUGGCAACACUGAUAUUGAGGGCGUGGAUACCAUAAAUGCCUGCUAUGGGGGUACUGCUGCGCUCUUCAACAGUGUGGCCUGGGUUGAGUCCAGUGCAUGGGAUGGCCGCUUUGCCCUGGUGGUGGCAGCUGACAUUGCCGUGUAUGCUAAGGGAAAUGCGAGGCCCACAGGAGGAGCCGGGGCCAUUGCCAUGUUGGUAGGGCCAAAUGCACCCCUGGUUCUGGAACGCGGUGUGCGUGCCACACACAUGAGGCAUGUGUAUGACUUCUACAAGCCAGACCUGAUGUCAGAGUACCCAACUGUGGAUGGGAAGUUGUCAAUUCAGUGCUAUUUGAGUGCCUUAGACCAGUGCUACCAGCUGUUUUGCUCCAAGAUCCAGAAGCAUAAUGAAGAGCGCUUUGGGUUGAAGCAUCUGGAUGCUGUCCUGUUUCAUGUUCCAUAUUGCAAGCUGGUACAGAAAUCAUUGGCUCGACUCAUGCUCAAUGAUUUUGUUCGAGCAUCAGAAGAAGAACGGUCCAUUCAGUAUCCUGGACUAGGGGCUUUCAAGAAUGUAAAGCUGGAGGACACGUAUUUUGAUCGAGACAUUGAGAAAGCAUUCAUGACGCUGAGUAAAAGUGCUUUUGAGGAAAAGACGCAGCCAUCACUGUUAGUGGCAAAUCAGGUUGGCAACAUGUAUACCCCAUCCCUAUAUGGAGGCCUUGUAUCAUUGCUAAUCAGCAGAGGUGCCCAGGAGCUGGCAGGAAAGCGUGUGGCUUUGUUCUCUUAUGGGUCAGGUUUUGCCUCAUCCAUGUUCUCCCUAUGUGUAUCUUUGGAUGGCAACCCAGGGUCACCUCUGAAGCGCCUUGUGGAUAAUUUGAAACAUGUCAAACCACAGCUUGAACUACGCCACAAGAUUCCCCCUGAAGAGUUCAACAGCAUCAUGGAGACACGUGAGAACAACCACCACAAGGCCCCCUACACACCACAGGGCUCACUGGAUGUACUGUUCCCUGGCACAUGGUACCUGGAUAAAGUGGAUGAGAUGCACCGCCGCUCAUAUAAGCAGGUGCCCCACAAUGGGCUCUCUACCUGAGGAUUCUUCUGCUUCAGUAUUUCACAAAUGUGCCCAUCCUUAUUGCUGAACAUCAUACUCUGCAGAAGUGCAGUUUUAGUGUGUAGGUCCAGGAACAAGGAUGUCUCUUGCCUCUUAUGAAUAUGCCAUUUUAAAUAUUUGUUUGGUUUCAUCAAAUUAAGAGAAGCCACAUAAGUAACAUUUAACCACAUAUAUAUAUAAUACGCAGAUUACUAUUCUGCAUACCUAAGGUACCCUGUGUAAACAUGUUAAUUCUGAGUAAGUACCGUUUACGUCUGUUGGGGUUGAGUGGAAUUCGAGGUUGGAGCAGCACAGAGCAGAUCCAUUCAUCAUCAGACGCAUGGUGUCCAAAAAACAGAAUGCUGUAAUGCAGCUGAAGAGGAGGCAUGGCUUACCUGUUACAGUGGGACCAACUUAUGAACUGUGCUAGUGUUGGUAGGAGCGCGGGAGAAGUAUAUUCUUUGUUGGCUCAGUUACUGUGGUUAUAAAUAAAUUUACAGCUUUUAUUAAAGUAGUUUCAGUAA